CUGUUCAGCUGGUUUUCGGGUUCAACGCCCCAUUUCUCCCUCGUCCCUUGCAAGUUGCAAAGCGCCGCCCCCCGGCCCGACCGCGCCGAGCCGACAUGGCCGACACGGUGGACUUCGCGAGCGGCGACGCGGCGGCGUGGCGCGCGGCUCUGGCCGCGUACGACCGCCGGCUCGAAGCCCUGGACAAGCCCGACCUCGUGGCCGUGGACUCCUUCUACCGCCACGACCUCCCCGCCCUCCUGCGGGGCCGCGAACCGGACCCCUUCAUCGCCAAGCCCGAGCUGGUGCGCCUCCUCCAGUGGAAGCUCUCCCGCGGCAAGUGGAGGCCGAGACUGAUGGAUUUCGUCAAGGGCUUGGACGACGCGGUGGUGGAGUCGGCAUCGCGCAAGGCGUUCGCGGCGCUGCCCGACCUCAGCAGGGCCAUCACCGAGCUCACCGUGCUCAAGGGCGUCGGCCCCGCCACUGCGUCCGCCGUGCUAGCGGCCUACGCACCGGAUGUCGCGCCCUUCAUGUCCGACGAGGCGAUGGUAGCGGCCUUGGGCAAUGCAAAGGACUACACGCUGAAGCAGUACCUAGCAUUCGCUGACAAAUUGCAGGCAAAAUCGAAGGAACUGACCGUAGGAGAAGAAAGUUUCACACCCUCAGAUGUUGAGAGGGCACUAUGGAGCUCGGCAAUUGGGUCCAAGUCACCAGCCAGUGGUAGCCCAAAGAGUGAAUCAAAGAUGCGCGGCAAGAGGAAGCGAUGAUUCACGCGGAGGCUAGAAGAAUUUGCUGACUGCAGGUCUUAGAUUCUUAGGUUGAACAUUGUAGUUUCUGUAAUCUGCAGAACUUUUGGCACGGCAGGAUGUGAACUGUGUGCUCUCAAUGAAUUCUGUCCAUGCCCUCCAGUGAUCGUCACUGCAUGCGCUGGGAUGUAUUUGUUUUUCAUGAAGACCCAUGCACCAGCUUUUCCUGAAAAACAAUUUGCAGUUUGAUAUGCUGUUAGUUAUUACUA